AUGUUUGGUAAUCCUCGGGCAAAGGAAUCAAAGGCACGUCACAGGAACGCUCGAAGAGUGCGUCUCCGAUAUUCACCACGAGAUAAAAACAUGCAAUCAUUGGGAGAAGUGGCGCACAAAGAUAAACUCCGCGAGGUCGACUCUGGUUCACCCAUACGCUUUUCGAGUUCAUCGGCGAGUCCUGUACCACUGUCUUCAGGGCAGAAUGAUGACCUAAAAGGAAUGAGCCGAUCUUCAAGGGCAAUAGUACAUGGAUCUUGUUUAGUGAAAGGUGCCCCAUCUUGCGACAAAGCGAAGGCUAAAUUUGACGAACUCGGGAGGUACUUUCCGAGUGAUUUGCCGUAUAUCAUCACAUACGAGAAUGGAUCUCUGGAAGCCAUAUGUCAGGAAUGUGGUCGCAGAUUAAAAAUCGAGGGUUCUGCACUUGGUGGUAUUAUAAACCACGCGACCGGCACUCCACAUGGUUUCAACGUCAAACAAAGACUAGAUUCAAACAAUUUGGAAGAGACAUUAACCUCCAAAGUUAUGGCUCGAAGGAAGGCUAUGGAAAUUACAUCUGAGCCAAAUCCCUUUAGAGAAGUCCCAAACCGGCGGAGAUCUGAGAACAUAGAUCCAUGGGAAUUUUCGUCUAUUGAAGUUGAUCCUGCUAGACCUGUCGAUCAUUCUGAAGCUGAGCCAAGAAACUCGAAACGUCAAAAAGUAGCACCUGCGUUCCUCGCUGAAACCGAUACAAGUGAUCUUCAAGUCAGUACAGGCUUGAAGAAUCCUGUAGAACGUUUUGUCGCAGAUAUAUCUGAAAGACUUACGGACAUAAAUCACCAAUUCGAUCAAAAAAUAAAGAAACAACGAGAUCAGACAUUGCUUUUCAAUGCAGACCUAAUCGGGCUGAGAAAUUUCCAUGGCAAGAGGCUAGACACCCUAGAACAAAUUUCGGAGAACCAAAAACACGAACUCAAAGUAUGCAAUGAAAAUUUCAGGGAAUUGAAAGCACAAACUGAUGCCUCUUUACAAAAAGACAAGAUCAGCUUGGCGAAUAUUGAGAGUGAACUUGAGGAGCAGAAAGGAUGCAUCGACAAUACAAUCAACCUUGUGUCGGAUACGAAAUGUAAAGUGGAGGGUCAGAAGAAAGUCAUGGAUAAUCUGGCUGACCUCUUUCCCGAUGUGAAGAGCGAGCUGAAUGAGCAGAAGGAAGUCGUCAACAGUCUGGCUUCAAAGUUGGAAAGUGGCCUAAAGGGACAAAAGGAAACCACCACGAAUUUGGCUGAGUUGAUGGACAAUAGGCUGACUGGACAAAAGCGAAAGGUUGACCACCUGAUGACACAAUUGAAGAACUUGGGUGACAGCAGAGAAUCCGAAGACUUAUUACGGUUGCACGCCGAGAACGAGCUCCAAACCCACCAAAAGCAGAUUGCGAAUCUCGAACAGAAAAUAUCCGGAAUUCGAUAUGACGCCACUAAAGAAGUUUCUGAGAUGAUUGGGAAAAUCAGUUCUAGGGAUCACCAAAUUGAUGAUAUGGUACAAUCUAUCAGACCGAUAAUGCUUCGUCUAGCAGGCUUGGAGAGCACCGAGAAGCAGUCUGAUGAAAUGGUAAUGGUGCGUCUGGCGGCUCUGGAGAAGAAUUAG